CAUAGAUUGUCUGAUCUGCAGCCUAAAAUUAUUUAUAUCUCUUAUUUUAAAUAAUUUGUUAAAAAAAUGAGUUUUUUUUCAUUCAAAAUUUCCGACUUGGAAAAAAGAGUACAACAUUUGGAGGUCUCUAAUUUGCCAUUAAAUUUCUCGGAAUUAAUCGGUGAAGGCAGUGCUGCCAAAGUUUACAAAUCAUCGAUUAAAGGAGAGCCAUUAGCGCUAAAAGUGUUCAAUACCCAGUUUGGAAAAAAACGAAUUUUAACAGUAUGCAAUGAACUAAGGCAACUGGAACAUAUAAAUAUUGUUAACUUCUUGGGAUAUAGUCUUAGACCGACAGCUCUAUGUUUUGAAUUAUGCAGUGUGAAAGUCCACGACACCGUUGCUUAUUCCUUAAAAGAGCUUGUUACUAUUUAUAACGAUAACGAUUACUUCAAUUUAGAAGAAAGAACUUCGUAUAUAAUUCAAGCGUUUAAGGGUAUAAUUUAUCUCCAUGAAAAAAACAUCAUUCAUAGAGAUAUUAAACCAAGUAAUAUGUUAGUUAGUGGGUCUAUGGAAAAUCUGAUAAUAAAAAUAUCAGAUUUUGGUGAUAUGACCACUAUAAAAAAUACAAUCACUUGCACUAAUAACAACUCUUUAAAAGGAUUAACACUUUGCUAUGUGGCACCAGAACUUUUAGAUCAAAAUCCAAAACUUUCAGUGUGUACUGACAUUUACGCAUUAUCUAUUUCAAGUUUUGAAAUUCUUUCCAACUUAUGUUCACCAUGGGAAAAUAAUCUUCCAAUUAUCAACGAUGUUUUUCUUCUCCAGGCACUCAAAAACAAUAUAAGACCUGAUGCUGAUUUACUCAACGUUUUGUACAAAGAAAAUAUCCAAGAAAUACAAAUAAUAAUAAACGCAAUACAGCUGGGCUGGAAAUCAAUGCCAGAGGAACGAAUAUCCAUGAAAAAUCUAUUAAAAGAGUUUCAAUCAACAAAUGGAAGAAAAAAAUUAUUUGAUCCUGAUGAAGAUAUCGAAGAUGACGUAUCUUAUGAAAAAGUAACUAAAGAUUUUUUAGAGAAAAAUGAGGCAAAUGAUAGUCUUUCAUAUCAAAAUGAGAAUAAUAAUAACAAAGAGGUUCCUCCAUCUCCGCCUACAAUAAUACUUGAACCAAAAGAAACUUUUCAAGAUUUUAAUUUUCAACAAACAGAUGAAUUAAGUAAAGCUUUGUUAGAUAUAGAAGACAGCGUAAAGAUAUCUUUAACAGUAACAAAUUCCACAGAUAAACGAGAACAUGACAGAUCUUAA